AUGACGGCAAUUCCAAUCACAAUUGUCACCCCAGGUCUUCACACCCAUAAAGCCACAGAUGUACCUGAGUAUCCUUUCACAAACCUCUCUACUGAAAGCCCCGUUUGUGUAACCACCAUCCGCCCCGGCAUGAUUUCUCACUCCACGCAGACCGAUAUUGAAGACUUUGAGGCACCAAGUUUUACUCAGAGGCAAUCACCAAUUCAUUCCCGUUCUCCCUCUCAAACUCGCAAGCCUGCGCAUCAUCAAAGUUGGGCCGAGCAAAUUCGAACGCACCUGACCAGUCCACACUCUCAACAACAUACGCCUCUGGCGACAGAUGCAGCAGGCCAUCCAUUACUCGCACCACCCGGCCUAGAGACUCCACGGCGUCCAGCCACACCAAGAGCAGAUCUCUACAGAGGUCAGGAGGAAGCAAACUUUGGUAUGACGUUUGAUGGGGCCCAGAAUGUACAUAUGCGUAAGGCCAAACCCACUCCUUGCGCUUUCAAGUAUGAGGAUCAGAAACAUCGCAUGAUGAUGGAUUGGCUGGAACGGCGAGGU